CCCUAUUUGUCAUUUGACAACGAUGUUUCUGUUCGGUAAUUAGCAAGCUUUAACUACACAGUGUCUUUUCACAAAUUUUUAAUUGCCAGCGUUUAUAAUGAUAAUUGUUUUAUUUUUAAAAAAAACAACAUUCAAGUUAAGUGUUCAACGAAGACAUUUCAACAAGUUAAACAUGUUUUACAUCAUAAUACUGUUCCUUACCCUAACAUCUGAGGUAUUUUGCCAAGGUGAUCACAUGUUUAACGAAACGGAAAUGAGACAAAUACAAUGCGUUGUACCAGCAGGCGAUUUGUUUAAUCAAUCAUUCUCUCAAAAUGAAUCAAUAGCUUCAGGAAAUUUUUCACAUCAUUAUCCAAAUAACGACUCACUAGCAUUCGAAAACCCACCAAAUGGUACAGAAACCAUCGAUAUUCCAUUUGGUGUUACCUUAAACUUUUAUUGCACGAAAUGUAACUAUACAAAAGAGGAGUGCAAUUGUCAGUUUCUAUAUGUAAUUUGCAACAUUGCUGGAAUAAAUGCAAAGGUGCCGACAGAAUUUACAUGUAAAAAAGACGAAAUUCGGCUCACUAAAGCCAUUUCUAAUGUUGUUUUUGGUGUGUUGGGUGUGCUGGGCAAUCUUUUGGUUAUCUACGUCACUUACAUCUAUCGCGAGUCAUCAACACGAUGUCAAUUUCUUAUUGCUGGAUUAGCUGUCGUAGAUUUUAUAUUCGCUAUUGCCCAAAUCAUUCUUAAUGUACCUGAGUUGUGGACAUGCCAUUGGUUAUAUGGACGCGCCAUGUGCACGCUACUGCGUUCAUCCACUGAUUUAAGUUUUAUGAUUGCCCUUGGCUUUAUUCUUUUAAUAGGCUUUGAGAGAUUUGUUGGAAUUCUCUUUCCCUUAAGUAAUUUUUUGACCAAACGACUUAUUUUGAUACUGUCAACUGUCAAUGUAGUCCUUGGCAUUGCAGUCGUGUUACCAAACACUAUCCACACGACUACACAAGUCGACAUAAAUGGAAACGUUUCUUGUAAGGAAGACUUUGGAAAAGAAGCAUCAAAAAUCUAUACAAUAUUUAUAUUUGUAUUUUACUUUCUCAUACCGAUCAUUUUCGCUUCAGUAAUAUAUUUUAUGAUUAUCCACAAGUUAUACACAUCAUAUGCGUCGACAUUAACGUUUUUAACUGCAGAACAAAGGGAACGGAGAGUAAAGGACAACAAACGAAUUGUGAAAAUAUUAGUAAGUAUUUUAGUGGCGUUCGUGGUUCUUGUUUUACCUAACAGAAUAGCGUGGAUAGUAUUCGAUUUCACCGAAACAUCUGAUAAAGAGCAUUCAAUUUGGAGUGUUGUUGGAUUCAUACCAUACUCUAUUCACGUAGCAAUUAAUCCAAUUUUAUAUUCUUUAAUCGAUGCUAGAUUUCAAAAGAAGUUGCUAAAUUUAUUCUCUACAAGGCCGAGGAGAAGUUCCAGCUCGUAUGACUUGAGCACUUCAAGUUCGCAGAUAACUACUUUAGAUAAAGGUAAAUACCGACAGAGUAAUAAAAACUCAGUGAAAAUGAAGCAAUAUGUGACGCACUAAAGAUGUUUUGUAUUUUGUUGAUAAAAAACUAAUGUUGCAUCAAGACAAACAUUGGCAUUUUUUAUAAAUAUCGACAGAAAUGCCCCCCAAAAAAGAACAACGAGCCUCUACUAUAAUGAGAUAUUAAAUUUUUAAAGCAUAUGUAAUAUUUCUGCUACUUGUAAAAUUUAUAAUCCGACAAGUAUUUCUUUUAAUUUUACAAGCAUUUUUUAGUUGAAUUAGCUCUGUCUUUACCUGUUGGUUUUUUUCUUUUGCAUGUUAAUUUUGUAAAUUUUGUAAAAAACUAGUCGGUGGCCCUUGGAAAAAUCCACGGGUUCGCCCGUCCUUUAUUUAGCGCAUUUUGUGUGUCUCGCUUCUGCGGUUACCAUUUCGAGUGGCAGACAGACGUAUACAGGUAUUUUAAUAUAGAUAUUUUAUUGACGAUGUGAGAGGUUUUUACUGAUAAUUUGCUGUAUAUAUGUGGUUAUAAAGGUUUUUUUGAGAUAUUAAAAAUAUUAACAAAAUCCGCAAUAAAUAUUAUUUCUUUCUAUUUAAUCGUUAACAAUUUGUAAAUCAUACAGCCAGAGGAUGGCUUCAUCUCAUUAUCUUAUUCUGGUUAUACGAUAUUCCAGUUAAUAGACAAACAGAAUUUGUUACCAUGGCAUUAUAUUUUUUGCAUUAUCAUAUUUUAUUCCAAAUGACGUAUGAUGUAUAAAAAUUUGUGUAUGCACAAACUUUCAUAAACUCCUUAUUUGUAAUCUUUUUUAACGGAAUAUAAGCGAUGCAUGAUCCAUUUUUGUGAACGUCGAAUCCGAACUUCGCGAUUCAGUGGGGACUCAAGUUUUCAAAAUCUUCUGAAAAAAGCCCUAAAUUAAAAAUCUCUAAUCAUUUCGAAAAGAAACCGAAAACUGAUAAUAUACCUAUCAGCAUUCACUAUACCACUACCAAUAAUAAAAAAUAACAAGAAAACCGUUCGGUUUGAUCACACAUUCGUAUUGUACACAUACUUUAUACUUAAAUAUUGUAUUGAUUAUGUUUAUAUAUCUUGUAUCUAUGGCAACGUUCUUGUUUAUACAGACCUGUUGUAUAAUUUUUAUUUCACUUAAAAAUGGUGCAUGACACCCGAAACGUCGUAAAA